UCCCUACUCUUUUCUUAUGUUCCCUCACCUUCAACAAUCUUCAAAAAAACUCUUCCAUCUCUUGAACCUUUCUCCAUUUUUCUCAGUGGAAACCUUUCCAAUUCCUCUCUUUAUUCUUCUCCACGAUCUCUUUCCCUCCACACUUUUCACCUGUCAACACUUUCCUACUGGUUUCUCUUGAUUCUCCACCAAAAAUAGCACUUUAUUCCCUCCAUACUCUGCUACUCACACAAACAUUCAUAUUUCUGCAAACACUUUUUGGUGCUUAAAUCAAGCAUGGGGUUCUCUGAGAAAUCACAACAAGUUGAAGAAAGAGGAGUAGAAUCAGAAAGUAGAAAAUGGGUUAUCACUGGAAUCGCGUUACGAAGGCCAUUGAAGCCGAUAUAUACCACCACCCCUGUUGAGAAAACAGAGCAACACGAAGAAGAAGAAGAAGAAGAAACUUUCAUGGAGGAGGAGGAAGAAGAGUGUUCCACGACGCCAAAAGGGGAAGAAGCUAGGAUCCCAGCCACGUUGAAGUGUCCACCACCACCAAGGAAGCCAAAACCUUCUCUGAAGUGCAACUUUCGCGGUGGAGAGUUUUUCACUCCCCCUGACUUGGAAACUGUGUUUAUACGCCAUGUUGAAAGGGCUAACUGAAUGAUCUUAGAGGUUGGAAAUCAAAUAAUUAACCAUAACCACCCCUUAAUCUAGUUAAUUAGAAUCAUCUAGCAUUGAAUUUGGUUCUGUUAUUAUGUAACCUUGUUUCUUCUUCUUCUACUUCUUCUAAGUUUAUGUUGUUUCCUCUGUUAAUUAAUCUAACUAGAGCUUAAUUGAUCAGUAGUUAAGACUUAAGAGAUAUUUUUGUAUAAAGAGCAGUAUUAACGAAUAAAAAUGACUUAUUUGCUUGUAUGUUUAACCUUCACUAUGAUUAAUUGACUUGUGAGCAGAGUGGUUCUCUGCUUCGAUUGAUUUGGUAUUGAAA